AGACUGAAGGAGAAGUUCCAGUGUGUGUUUGAGGGGAUUGCUAAAGCUGGAAACUCAACCCUUCUGAAUGAGAUCUACACAGAGCUCUACAUCACAGAGGGAGGGACUGCAGAGGUCAAUGAUGAACAUGAGGUCAGACAGAUUGAAACAGCAUCCAGGAAACCACAUAGACCAGAAACAAGCAUCAGACAAGAAGACCUCUUUAAAGCCUCACCUGGAAGACAUGGACCAAUCAGAAGAGUGAUGACAAAGGGAGUGGCUGGCAUUGGGAAAACAGUCUUAACACAGAAGUUCACUCUGGACUGGGCUGAAGACAAAGCCAACCAGGACAUCCUCUUCAUAUUUCCAUUGACUUUCAGGGAGCUGAAUGUGGUGAAAGAGACAAAGUUCAGCUUGGUGGAACUUGUUCAUCACUUCUUCACUGAAACAAAAGAAGCAGGAAUCUGCAGCUUUGAAGACUUCCAGGUUGUGUUCAUCUUUGACGGUCUGGAUGAGUGUCGACUUCCUCUGGACUUCCACAAGACUGAGAUCCUGACUGAUGUUACAGAGUCCACCUCAGUGGAUGUGCUACUGACAAACCUCAUCAGGGGGAAACUGCUUCCCUCUGCUCGACUCUGGAUAACCACACGACCUGCAGCAGCCAAUCAGAUCCCUCCUGAGUGUGUUGACAUGGUGACAGAGGUCAGAGGGUUCACUGACCCCCAGAAGGAGGAGUACUUCAGGAAGAGGUUCAGAGAUGAGGAGCAGGCCAGCAGGAUCAUCUCCCACAUCAAGACAUCACGAAGCCUCCACAUCAUGUGUCACAUCCCAGUCUUCUGCUGGAUCACUGCUACAGUUCUGGAGGAUGUGUUGGAAACCAGAGAGGGAGGAGAGCUGCCCAAGACCCUGACUGAGAUGUACAUCCACUUCCUGGUGGUUCAGGCCAAAGUCAAGAAGGUCAAGUAUGAUGGUGGAGCUGAGACAGAUCCACUGUGGAGUCCAGAGACCAGGAAGAUGAUUGAGUCUCUGGGAAAACUGGCUUUUGAUCAGCUGCAGAAAGGAAACCUGAUCUUCUAUGAAUCAGACCUGACAGAGUGUGGCAUCGACAUCAGGGCAGCCUCAGUGUACUCAGGAGUGUUCACACAGGUCUUUAAAGAGGAGAGAGGCCUGUACCAGGACAAGGUGUUCUGCUUUGUCCAUCUGAGUGUUCAGGAGUUUCUGGCUGCUCUUCAUGUCCAUCUGACCUUCAUCAACUCUGGAGUCAACCUGAUGGAAGAACAACAAACUACAUCUCUGUGGUCUAAACUAUUUAAAAAACUAACACGUCUCCAUCAGAGUGCUGUGGACAAGGCCUUACAGAGUCCAAAUGGACACCUGGACUUGUUCCUCCGCUUCCUCCUGGGUCUUUCACUGCAGACCAAUCAGACUCUCCUACGAGGCCUGCUGACACAGACAGGAAGUAGCCCACAGACCAAUCAGGAAACAGUCCAGUACAUCAAGGAGAAGAUCAGUGAGAAUGUGUCUGCAGAGAGAAGCAUCAAUCUGUUCCACUGUCUGAAUGAACUGAAUGAUGGUUCUCUAGUGGAGGAGAUCCAACAGUCCCUGAGAUCAGGACAUCUCUCCACAGAUAAACUGUCUCCUGCUCAGUGGUCAGCUCUGGGCUUCAUCUUACUGUCAUCAGGAGAAGAUCUGGAUGAGUUUGACCUGAAGAAAUACUCUGCUUCAGAGGAGGCUCUUCUGAGGCUGCUGCCAGUAGUCAAAGCCUCCAACAAAGCUCUACUGAGUUACUGUAACCUCUCAGAAAGAAGCUGUGAAGCUCUGUCUUCAGUUCUCAGCUCACAGUCCUCUAAUCUGAAACUUCUGGACCUGAGUGAAAACAACCUGGAGGAUUCAGGAGUGAAGCAUCUGUCUGCUGGACUGGAGAGUCCAAACUGUAAAAGCUUUUUUCUGACUGAUUUUAAACAUGAGAAGAUUGUCGCUUUAGUCUACAUCUUUUAUUCUUUAUUCAGGUUGAUUUACUGCAGUUUGUUAGAGAUCAGCUGUGAUUCUUUGGGACCAGCUCUGAAGUCCAACCCCUCCCAUCUGAAACAUCUGGACCUGAGUCACAACAAGCUGAAGGAUUCAGGAGUGAAGCAGCUGUGUGGUUUUCUGGAGAGUCCAGACUGUAGACUGGAGACUCUGAGACUGAGUGACUGUAACCUCUCAGAGAGAAGCUGUGAAGCUCUGUCUUCAGUUCUCAGCUCCCAGUCCUCUAAUCUGAAACAUCUGGACCUGAGUGACAACAACCUGGAGGAUUCAGGAGUGAAGCAUCUGUCUGCUGGACUGAGGACUCCAAACUGUAAA